GGAGGAUCCCGAGUCGGGUCCCGAGCCAGGAGCAGGUCUCUGGGCUCCGGGCUGGGGGCGGCCUCUGGGUUGCCGCGAUGGCGACCGCGUGGCGGGGAGGCCUCCUUCGGCUCUGCUCCGUGCUCGGCCUGUCCUGCUUGGCGUUCUCCGUGCUGCUGCUGGUGCAGCUGACAGACGCCGCCAAGAAUUUUGAGGAUGUCCGAUGUAAAUGUAUCUGUCCUCCCUAUAAAGAGAAUUCUGGGCAAAUUUAUAAGAAGAACAUAUCCCAAAAAGAUUGUGACUGCCUUCAUGUUGUGGAGCCCAUGCCUGUGCGGGGGCCUGAUGUAGAGGCAUACUGUUUGCGCUGUGAGUGCAAGUACGAGGAGAGAAGCUCUGUCACAAUUAAGGUUACCAUUAUCAUUUAUCUCUCUAUUUUGGGGCUUCUGCUUCUGUACAUGGUAUAUCUUACCCUGGUUGAGCCCAUACUGAAGAGAUGUCAAGUGCAAGAUCACCAGCCUUUUGCAAAUGCCCAUGAUGUGCUGGCCCGCUCCCGGAGUCGAGCCAAUGUUCUGAACAAGGUAGAGUAUGCCCAGCAGCGCUGGAAACUUCAAGUUCAAGAGCAGCGAAAGUCUGUCUUUGACCGUCACGUUGUCCUCAGCUAAUUGGGAAUGGAAUUCAAGGAGACUAGAAAAACAGCAGACAAUUGGAAAGAAGUAACCGAGUUUUCCUGGGUUUUAUUUUAAUACCCUGUUGAUUUCACCAACUCUUGCUGAAGACUCAAAAUUGGAAGCAAAAACAUGCAUAGUAUUUUUUCUUGUUAAUGUACCAAUGGAGACAUUUUUAAAAGCACAGAGUUCAAAGUCAGCCUAUAAGUCUUUUCGUACUUGUGACUUUUACUAAUAAAAUUAAAUCUGCCUGUAAAUUAUUUUGAAGUUCUUUACCUGAAACAAGCACUCUCUUUUUCACCACACAGUUUUAACUUGAUUUUCAAGAUAAUAUUCAGGGUUUGUUUUUUUUUUCUUUUUGGUGGGAGAAGGGAGGGCUGCGUGGGAAGUGCUUAAUGCAGCUCUUCUCAAGUCACUUUACUAAGCAAUCUUUUGUAAAUAGCCCACACCUAUUUUCAAAUCCGUUAAUCUUUUCCAGUGUAACCAGCCUCAUCAAAGAAUGACUUACCCAUUUGACUUUUGCACUGACCAUGUUAUCUAGGUAUUCUGUUGGCCUGUGGCUGCAUUUUGUGGUAACCUGGAUCUGAAAUGCCUGUCGGCUCUUCACAAAAUGCAGAUUUUCCUCAUGUACUGUGAUGUCUGAUGCAAUGCAUCCUAGAACAAACUGGCCAUUUGCUAGUUUACUCUAAUGACUAAACAUAGUCCUGGUGUGUGUGGUCUUCCUCAUCUUUUAGUAUCCUUAAGGACUUGGACACUUGCAAUAAAGAAAUUUUCUUUUAAACCCAAGGCUCCCUGGGUCUAGUCAUGUGGAAAGGCAGCUGUUUGAGCUCUAAUAUGUGCAGCUUUGAACUAGGACUGGGGUUCUGGUUGCCUUUCUCUGAAAAGCAUAAUAGUUAUUGGAUAACUGGCUUUUUUCUUCCUAUGUCCUCUUUGGAAUGUAACAAUAAAAGUAACUUUUGAAA